UCAGGGGGAUUGACUCAUUGCAGUGUUGCCCUUUCGCUUUGAGGAGACCACUGCACCCCUGUCCUGUGGAGCAGAGACGCUGAUUUUCUUGGAAGCAGGCUUUGCAAAGAGCUCUGCAGUCUGUUCCCCGUGCCCUGAAAGCCCUGCAGUCUCCCAUGCAUGUAUUUGCACUCAAGUGGAAAACUGCUUUUUGUCAUGAGGAAAGCUUCUCCGUAGCGGUGUCAAGUGCAGGGCUUGGUAUGUUAGGGUGGAGCGGUAUCUCCUGGCAGGUUUUUUGUUGUGGCCCUGUGGAGACUGGAGAAGGCUUGUGAACAUCCUGGGGAGCGUGGCUUGAGUUUGUGCAAUUGCAGCAUCCAGAGCAACUUCUCAUGCUCUUCAGCAACAGCAGGAUCUUCCAGCUUGGCUCAGGCUCCUUGGCUGUUGUGGGGCUGCAAGCAUUUGUCCUGAGACCCAACAGACAGUCCCUGGGAUAUGUCCCUCCUCCCUGAAAGAUGGGUGUGAUCUGAAUACUUGUGGAAAGCUAGAGGGGAAUUGCUGUGUUCUUGGUAGCCUGGGCUCAGGUCCCUUUGCCUCUGGGAAGUGUUUGUGUCCUGUGGUGUGUCCCCAGCUCUGUGACCUCAGCUUUCACAUCCUGAAAAGCAUGUUUUGGGGAUAAGCCUCACCUUCCAAGCUGAUACCUUCUCUGUGUUUCAGUGUGGACAACAGCGAGUAUAUGAGAAAUGGAGACUUCUUACCCACUCGCCUGCAAGCCCAGCAAGAUGCUGUCAACAUUGUGUGCCACUCAAAAACCCGCAGCAACCCCGAGAACAACGUGGGGCUCAUUACCUUAGCCAAUAACUGUGAAGUGUUGACCACGCUCACCCCAGACACAGGCCGAAUCCUUUCAAAGCUACACACGGUGCAACCCAAAGGGAAAAUUACCUUUUGUACAGGCAUCAGAGUUGCUCACCUGGCUUUAAAACAUCGUCAAGGCAAGAAUCACAAGAUGCGAAUCAUUGCCUUUGUUGGGAGCCCUGUAGAAGAUAAUGAGAAAGAUCUGGUGAAACUGGCAAAGCGUCUUAAGAAAGAGAAAGUCAACGUUGACAUAAUCAACUUUGGAGAAGAGGAAGCCAAUACAGACAAGCUCACUGCCUUCAUUAACACCUUAAACGGCAAGGAUGGGACUGGCUCCCACUUGGUGACAGUGCCUCCGGGGCCGAGCCUAGCCGAUGCCCUCAUCAGCUCCCCCAUUCUGGCUGGGGAGGGCGGUGCCAUGCUGGGCCUUGGGGCCAGCGACUUCGAGUUUGGUGUGGAUCCGAGCGCAGACCCAGAAUUGGCUCUGGCCCUGCGGGUCUCCAUGGAGGAGCAGAGGCAGCGGCAAGAGGAGGAGGCCAGGAGGGCUGCAGCCGCCUCUGCGGCUGAGGCUGGGAUCGCAGCCACUGGUGGGGACGAUUCAGACGACGCUUUGCUGAAGAUGACGAUAACUCAGCAGGAGUUUGGCCGAGCUGGGCUGCCUGACCUCAGCAGCAUGACGGAGGAGGAACAAAUUGCCUACGCCAUGCAGAUGUCACUGCAGGGAGCGGAGUUUGCCCAGGCAGAGGCGGCAGAAGUGGACAGCAGCACAGCCAUGGACACAUCUGAACCCGCUAAGGAGGAAGAUGACUACGAUGUGAUGCAGGACCCCGAGUUCCUGCAGAGCGUGCUGGAGAACCUGCCUGGCGUGGACCCCAACAACGAGGCCAUCCGCAACGCCAUGGGCUCCCUGGCCUCACAGGCCUCCAAGGAGAGCAAGGACAAAAAGGAGGAGGAGAAAAAGUGACAGCGCUGGGGCUGGGUCUCGCUGAUGGGCGGGCAGUGAGUCGGUCACACACUUCAUCGCUUCAGCGUAGCCAUUGCCCCUGGGGCAAGCGUGGAGGAGCCCCAAGCGUGUGAGGGGACAGGGUAGGUCUGGGUUUUCUUGAUGUAACAGGUUAAUAAAAGCAUUUGAAGUU